AAUAAAGGAAUUGACUACUUACUUAAAAUCUCUCACAUUGUUUUCAGUGCUAAAUUCAUCCAAAUAAUAUGAAAAUCUUUUGAUAAUAUAACGCAGGAAACGAGAAAAAUGGAUGAUGAUCGAACAUUUAUUCAACAACAAAACGAAGUACGUCGCGACUUUAGAAACGAAAAUGUUUAUAGUAAGAAAAGAGUGACGGUACGGUCCAUAUUGUGCCAAGUAAACGUAUUAGGAUGGUUGUUAAUAUGUGUAUUUACAAUAACAAUACCCUUUUUAACAUAUUACUUGGUAAUAGAUCUAGGAACAUACAAGCAAGUAGAGACUUACACGUGUUUUGUUAACGGUAAAUUUAGAGUGCCUUGUGGAAAAGUGAAUAUCAGUGAAUCCCAGUGCGUAAAUUUAGGCUGUUGCCACGAUAAACCUACUCAACAAUGUUACCAUUAUUUGCCUUCGAAAUACUCCUAUGAUUUAAAAGGAUCAGCAUAUGUCGCGUCCCGUUCUUUUUCUCCUUUUAAUACCAAAACCGUACCAAAAAUGACAAUCACCAUACAUGAAAACACUACAGAUCGAGUUAACAUUAUUCUUCACCAAGAAAACAACAAAAUGGAGGAAAACAUAUUGCAUAAGAAAAAUUAUAUCGUGAAAAUGACUAAAGAGAAGCUAAUGGUGGAAAUUUUUAGACCGAACGGAGAUCUUUUAUUAUCUACAGCAAAAGGUCCGAUUAUAGCUUCAGAAAAUUAUUGGGAAUGGAACGUUUAUCUUACAAAUGAUCAUUUAUUCGGUAUAGAUCGAACUUUGAUUAAAGUAAAGGAUAAUUCUACAUAUACCAAAAUCUUUUAUAAAAAUCAAAAUGAUCAUACCUCGACGCCUAUUCUUUGGGCUUAUAAUAAAGGUAAAUUUCAUGGUUUGACUGUAUAUCACGAUGGUCCGCUAGAAUUAACGAUUCUUCCAUCUCAUCUAAUAUUGUUAAAAAGCUUAACAGGCGGCUCAAUAGAAUUAGAACUAACAGUCGGUCCAACUCCCAAGGAUUUAUACAAUCAACAAACACAGAACAGGAUCACAGACAAUCAAAGUUUGCCUUAUUGGGCUUUGCAAACAUAUAUGUGUAGAAACCAAGGUACUUAUUGGAAUGUAUCUGAUCUAGUGGAUAAAUCUAGUAUAGAGGAUAUCGCCGAUAUGUUUUGUGUAGAUGAAAAUUUAUUCAUGGCAAUGGUACUACAAGUGAAGCAUGAAAAUUAUUCCGGCGACGCAUUGAGUGAACUAUUAGAUAGAUAUUCGGAUAAAAAAUUUCUUCUAUCUGUACCUUCUCAGAUUCUGGAAAACUCAACUCUUUAUUAUAAAGCUAAAGAUCUUGGUAUUUUAUAUAAUUAUAACGAAACUACGUAUAAAGGAAAAUAUUUAAGACAGAACGUUUCUUUUCCGGAUUAUAGUCAUGAAAAUAUUUCAAAGUAUAUUGAAUAUUUUGAUCAGUUUAUCGAGGAACAUGUAAAUGGUAGCGUCGAUGGUUUUAUAUUGAGCGAAAAUUGGCCAAAGGACGAAGGAUUCCACAUGGAUAAUGAAAGUUUACCUUAUAUUACAAAGAAGUUCCAAGAUGCCAUGUCUUACACAUUACAAUGGAACGCAACUACAAAUAAUACACUCCAUAUUAAAAAACACAAUAAUUACGGUGCCUCUCAAUAUGAAGCUUUUAAAUCCUAUUACGAAUCUAAAGACCCUGAAAAAAUUAUCAUAUCAGCCACAAAGUCAAUGGAUCAAUAUGAAACAACAAUAAUACAAAAUGUAGAAAUAUCUUGGACUAAUUUAAGAAAAUAUUUGUUGAAUUUAAUGUUCGCUAGCAUAACGGGCAACCAAUUAAUAAGUCUUCCAGUAUGUGGUGAUACGGCGAGUUUUGAUCAAAUUCUUCAAGAAAAACUUUGUUUACGUUGGUAUUUAGUAGCUGUAACCAUGCCCUUGUUCAGGAUAUCGUCUCCAUUUCCAUAUAGAGGUCCAGCUGAUCUCGCUACAAUGUAUGCUCAACAAAGUGCUGCAGACGCUGUAAAAUUGCGAAACAUGCUGCUCCCAUACUUUUUCUCUAUUAUAAAGAAAAAUGAACCAUUAAUACGACCAAUGUUCUACGAGUUCCAUGAAAACAAUGACACAUUCUCCAUGGAAGAACAAUAUAUGGUUGGAGAUAAGAUUCUUGUUGCACAUCCACUAACAGCUGAUAAAACUAAGCUUAGUACAUUUCUUCCUCCAAAAAUUGGUGUGUGGUAUGAAUAUUGGGGAGGGAGUGUAUUCGAAACCAAUUAUACAAAUUCAUAUGUUAGCCUCACUGUUAGAGAAACGGACUUUCUGCUUUUCAUUGCCCAAGGAACAAUUAUACCUUUGAAGGUGGACAAUAUUGUAGAUUUAAUAAUUGCCAUGGACGGAAAACCAUUAGCAGAGGGGGCAAUGCAGCUAGACGAUAUCUCAAUAACUUUCAAAGCUAAUGCUACAGGUGUCGAAAUAAAUAUCAUUUCACAGGAAGCUUGGAAUAUUACUUUGGGAUAUAUCAAAGUGUACCAUUAUUUAAACGAUACAAAUUCUUUACCAUCUAGGAAAGAUAUAAACACAGCGAUCGAAGAAGAGUAUACCUUCACUCCUUUUAUAGAUCCUCCUACCACGGAAGCAACUACAACAGAAGAAUCUGAAACUAGUCCUGAAAAUUGAAACUAACGCUGUCGAAACAGACAAACUCGUUUUUGGAUCAUUCUAGUCAAAAUACUUUAUUCUGUCAAUUGAACUAUUUUAAGUGAUUAAAUUUUAUGUUAAUUGAUUAA